AUGUGGCUGUUGGCAUUGUUUUUUGUUAAAUUAGUUUUAGAAAUUAAAAAUGUUGCAUUGACAGAAAAUAAAGAAAUUCUAGUCCCCAAAUUACAGUUGCCUAAAGUUGAUACGUGUACAUGGUUUGCUCCUCAAAACUCAAAAUGCCAUACUAUGAAUAAUAUUGUCAGGUUGCUACUAGGAUAGCCUCAUUACUAAAUUACCCAUUUCUUCUCUUUACAAGAAAAGGUGUAAAUUCAAUUUCUCUCAUCCAAACUAACAGAUAUAUAAAAAUGAAAAAGCAAAAAGCAGAAACCCAAAUACUUUCUAUGCAAAUGGCUAGUGGUGUGUGCACGUGUUUUUUUUUCCUUCUAUCAGAAUUCAGAAAUCCAAUUCCUCUUCCUCCUAUAUGAUACAGUCCAGAAAGAAAUAUGCACAAUGGGGUGUUAUGGCCUAAGGUCCACACAUGACAUGGCAUGAUGGAGUGGAGGCAUGUUGUUGAUGCUGACGAUUUUCAGAUUCUAGGUGCACUUGAACCGCAAAAUGUUAUUCUGAUGGACUGUGGGAGAGAAGAAUUCAGUUUCAAAGUUAUAGACCAUUUACUGAUAGAUUAUACUCCUAUUCCUACAGUAUUUUUUUUUCAAACUCCCGUGUAUAAGGCUUGUAAUAUAAGACUCAGAAUUGAAAUCCUCUUUUGGAAACUUUUUUCCGACUUCUGUUGAACUUGCACAUGUAACCAAACCUUAGCCCAUUCUCCUGACAGGUUAUAAAUACAUCCAUUAAUGUUACAUUAAUUAAUGUUCUGCCUUAUAGGGGAAAAAAACAUUCUAGUCCUAGAGGAAGUUUCCCAAAAGCUGAAGCAAAACAAACACAUUCAUGGAUGGUUUGGAUGAUGAUUUCAGAUACCUGGUUGUGAGGCCAGAAAAGGGUGGGAUUUGGGACCUGAUUAGGUACUCAUUGUGGGGUGACAUAGAGAGUGGGGCAAGGUUCCUGGAAAGCUCAGACCAGGAUGUGGUGGGUGGAGAAGCGGCUGAUCACCGUUGGGUCAUUUUGGUAUCUAUCGUAGCACGCAAGAUCAUUCACUUAUUCAGCAAGCCCAUGGAGUUCACUGGCUAUGUGGUUGAUUUCUUUCUCAACCUUAUUUCUCAGAAUGGCUCUCUCUUUGGCUUAUUCUACAACAUUCUCCAUGGAGAAGUAGUUAUACCAAAGAGAGGCACCGAGACUUUUAUUAGUACUAUUGGACACUUGGAUGAGAGAAUAGACCUCUACCAGGGCAAAAAGUUAGUUGAAGAGUUGCAUAAUUCUGCUCCAGGGGAGGGGUUCAGAAAUGUUGAAUUGGAUGACCAGGCAACAAUGGACCUAUGUAUGAUGGCAUCCAAGCUAGCUUAUGAAAAUGCUGAAGUUGUUAGAAAUGUUGUGGUUCAUCAUUGGAAGAUGCACUUCGUGGACUUCUACAACUGCUGGGAUGAUUACCAAAAGGAGAAAUCCACUCAAGUUUUUCUGUUAUGCGACAAGCCUAAGGAUGCGAAUCUAAUAUUGAUCAGCUUUCGGGGCACAGAACCUUUUGAUGCUGACGAUUGGUGUACUGAUUUUGACUACUCUUGGUAUGAAAUUCCCGAAGUAGGAAAGCUUCAUAUGGGAUUUCUAGAGGCAUUAGGGUUGGGCAACAGAGAGGAUACUAAUACCUUUCAUUAUCAUCUUCAGAAGAAGACCACAAAGCAUACCUAUUCAGAAGCUGCAGAAAUAAAGGCCGCAAAUGCGGAUGCCCACUCUGAAGAGUCGACUGCUGAUAUUGUUAACAAGGGCAUCCCUUCAGAAAUGGUGGAGAUGACUGCAUACUAUAUGGUGAGGAAAAAGCUCAAGACCUUGCUUGAAGAGCACAAGAAUGCAAAAUAUAUAGUCACUGGUCAUAGCUUAGGAGGGGCUCUUGCUAUUUUGUUUCCAAUAGUGCUCGUGCUACAUGAGGAUAUGAAGCUGAUUCAAAAGUUGCUGGGUGUAUACACAUUUGGACAGCCAAGGGUUGGGAACAUCCAGCUUGGGAGGUUCAUGGAAGCUCAUUUAGAUCAGCCAGUCCCCAAGUACUUCAGAGUGGUUUACUGCAAUGACCUGGUGCCCAGGCUGCCUUAUGAUGAUAAAACCUUCUUGUAUAGGCAUUUUGGGGUGUGCCUUUACUACAACAGCUGUUAUAUUGAGCAGAGAAUGGAUGAGGAGCCAAAUAAAAAUUACUUUGGGAUAACACACCUGAUCCCGGAACAUCUCAAUGCGGUUUGGGAGUUAAUAAGAAGUUUGACAAUGGGAUACACCCAUGGGCCUGAGUACAAGGAAGGAUGUUUCUCCAUAUUUCUCAGGGUACUAGGAUUGGCAAUGCCUGGAAUAGCAGCACAUUGCCCAACAGAUUAUGUCAACUCUGUGAGACUGGGAAAGUUGCGUGUUAUUCAGAUGUCCUCCUACUAGAAAUCUUCCAUUGCCAAUG